UAACCGUGACUUUUGUGGUUGAAGCACCAGAUAUAACGGUACUAACUUGAUCUAAUAAGCCAACUAAUUGCUGCUCAGUGACUUGACUCCUUAUUUGACCUGAUUUAGCCAUCUUCAACAACAUAUCCUGUACUCUGUCUGCGUGUUCUGGCUUUACGAGUGCAAUUCUAGAUAAUCUUUCCCUGGCUUCUGCUGAGAGUAUCCUAGCGAGAUCCAUUCUUUUUCCUUCAUCAACUCCGCCUUCUUUUUCAUCGCCCCCGCCUUGAUUUUGCUUCAACUGUUGUAGUCUAGCUUGUCUGAUAGCUUCCAACUCAGCGUCAGCCAUUGUCGUAUUAUAGAAAGAAAUGUCCAACUCAGAAUUGGAUAUCCACUGUCCUCGUUUAAUCAGGGUUUUCGUCAGAACAACUCAGCCAUACGACGCAUACUCAUUUGAUAAAGGCUUACCUAGCAAAGAUGAAUACGAUAUUUUAGCUGGUCCAAAUACUACAAUCAGGGAAUUAUUACUGCUCCUACAAAAAUCGUUACCUGAGAAUCUACGCCAUCCAAGGUCAAUAUAUGGUGUUCACUCCAUAUACGUUGAUAUGAAAUCUAUGUAUCACAAAGAGAGGGAUUUAGGAAGAUACAGCCUUAGUGUGAAGAACUACAGUGACAAAUACGAUGAUCAAUCUACACUCGACGAAGCUAGGAUCUAUCCUGGUGACUAUCUCUCUGUUCACCUCCAAUUACCUUACAGUGGAAGUCGUAGACCACCGUCUGGUCCACCAGGAAGAAGACCACCUGUUGAUAAUGGAUACAGUAGGAGAUAAUAUACCUCACAGUAAU